AUGGCCGCGGCGGCGCCGACCGCGCGGUUCGCCGCGCCCCUCCCCCCUCGCGCGUCCGCGCCCGCGCCCGCGCGUCGCGCGCGCGCCCACGCGCGCGCGUCGUCGUCGUCCGCGAGCGCGUCCGCGGACGUCGCCGCGCUGAAGAAGGACCUCCUCGCCGCGGUCGCGGCGUCGCGAAAGCCCGGUGCCGACCCGAGCGCGACGAAGCGCGCGAUCCUCGACGCGACGGACGCGCUCGAAUCGAUCGCGGACGACGUCCCAUUCCUGGACGUCUCCGGGCGAUGGUCGCUCGUGUACAGCACCUCGGACGCGAGCAGCGCGCUCGGGCCGCUGCAGGCGGUCCUCGACGACGACGCGUUCCAGAAGCUCGUCGACACGCUGUACAAGACGUUCUUCACGUUUCUGCCGUCGCUCGCCGGGAGCGCGGAGACGGGCGCGCGGGGGGUCGCGAACCAGCAGAUGGUGGACAUCGAGAACGGGCGCGUCGUGAACGUCGUCGACGUCGAGCUCGCGUUCGGCGGCGCCGUGCGCGUGGGCGUCAUGGGGACGAUCGAGGCGAAGGACCCGGACGCGAGAGAGGUUGUCGUGACGUUUACGGAUUGGGAGAUCGGGCCGGCGCCGGGGUUGUCGGACGGGGGCGCGGGGGAGCAGCCGCGCGUGCGGUUGCCGCUGCCGAGGCCGAAGGGCGCGCUGAAGAACACGUUCUGCGACGAGACGCUGCGCAUCAGUCGCGGCGGGCGAGGCGGCGUGUUCAUCACCUCGAGAGUGGACUGA